AUGGGCGAACGUUCUCAUCGUAAGACCAAAAAAUCCAGCAAAAGGAAAGACCACAGUAAAGAAGAAGAUGAGUCCGACUCGACCACUUCUUCAUCUCCACCCUCAUCGUCGUCGUAUUCCUCCGAAAGCGAUGAUGACGAUGACUACAGCAGGAGGAAGAGAAGCCAUAAACGACGCCGUUCGGACAGCUUGGAGAGGAAGCACCGCCGCAAGAGGAGAUCCUCCUCCGGAAAGAAGGAAUCAUCAAGGCGAAGAGAAAAACGAAGGAGCAAAGCGAAGCGAGAGAAAGGGAAAAGGUACUAUUCGGACUCGGAUUCGGACGAUUCAGGUGAAGGUUCGGGCCCGAGAGACAAUCCGGAGGAGGUUUUGAGAUGUUUGCUGAAAGAAUUUCCAGCUGUGGCCGGAGAGCUGGAACAGCUUUUGUUGAUGAUAGAUGAUGGUCAAGCUGUUGAUAUUAGGGGAUUGUCUGAAAGGGCUUUGAUCAAGCACCUGAGAAGGCUAUUCCUUUCCCUUAACCUUAAAGAAACUGAUGAGCAUGCCUUUAUAUUGAAAUCCAAACAGCAGCCUACAUUGAAGGUUGUUGGACCCAUCAUUCGUGAUCACGUUCAGCCUCGUAUGCAGCAGCUUGAUAAUGCUGUUUCAGAGAAGAAUAUGAAUGCUGAAUUACCAGAUGCAAGGACUGGACAAGAUGUUGAGAUUAAUAAUCCAUCUGAAGAUAACAUUGGCCCUCGUAAGAGGGUGAUUGGCCCCGAAAUGCCUUCUGCUGAGUUACUAGCAGCUGCAGCCAAAUUAACUGAAGCAGAAGCUGAAUUGAGAGAAGCUGAGAUUGGGGAUGAUUCAGACUUUUUCAUAGGGCCUCCACCCCCUGCACUGGUUACUGAAGCUGAGUCAUCAAAUGAAGCUGAGCGUUUUGAAGAGAUUACAAGAAUUAUGGGAGCCGAAGCAGACAGCCCAUAUGACAUACUCGGAGUAAAUAGAAACAUGUCAGCUGAAAACAUGAAGAAAAGGUACUGGAAAUUAUCUCUCAUGGUGCAUCCAGACAAAUGCUCUCAUCCUCAAGCCCACCAAGCAUUUGUCAAACUGAACAAAGCUUUUAAAGACUUGCAAGAUCCAGAUAAGCGGAAAGCAAUGGAUGAUAAAAUAAAGGAGAAAGAGGAGCAAGAGGAAUUUAAGGCUGAAUUGAAGGCUAUGAAAGAAGCUGCACAAUGGAGACGUCUACAAGGUAUAUCCAUGGAAGGCGAUGAUAUACUUUUGGCAGACAUGGAAGUGAAAGUUGAACCUAAAAGGGAUGAAUGGAUGACAACUCUACCUCCUGAGAGAAAACCUGGAAUGACGAUGCAAUCAACAAAGUUCAGCCAAAGGUCGAAAGAGGGACGUGGUGACACGAGUGUUUGGACUGAUACUCCAUCAGACAGAGCACAAAAGGCAAAAAUGAAUUACUUGGAAGCCUACAAUGAGGCUGCUGCACUUGCUUCUAAUGAACUAGAGAAAAAACAAAGGGCUAAUGCAGAUGCACAAUUGGUGGACGAGUAUAACAAGUCAAAACGAUCAAAGUCACUGGUAGAAAAGCACAAGGAGUCUAUACAUAGUCGCGCAAAGAAGAAAUCUAAGCAGGAACCGGUUAAGGAGGAAUGGGAAGGGAACCAUCCCUGGAAACCAUGGGAUAGAGAAAAAGAUUUGACUGCUGGAAGGCUAAGUGUAAAAUUAGAUGCUGAAAAUAUGGCACAGGGUUUGUCUUCGAGAUUCUCAUCUGGAUCAUUUCAAAGGAAUUUCUUGUAG